AUGAAUGAGAACAGUAGCCAGAGUGGGAACAGCAGUAAUGGGGAGACGCUGCUGAGCACGAACAACCCCAUUCAAGCAAGCCUCUUCACAGCGUUGGUCCAGGUUCUGGUGUGGCCUUUCCUCUACGUGGAUCUAUUCAUGCUCUUCGUCUUCUUGAAGAAACAGGCACUCCAAGAAGAGGCACGCUACAUGCUGUUUGCCCAGACCCUGUUUGCGGACUCGUGCAUCCUAGUUCUGACUGACUUUACGGUGAUCACCAUGCACGUCCAGCUUCUGCUGCCUACUGGGAUCUGCAUACCAGUGGUCAUGUUUAUGGAGGCUCUGACCAAUCUCUCACCGACCAUUAUAGUGGCCAUGUGUCUGGAGCGGUACGUGGCCAUAUGCAGGCCGCUGAAACACGCCAACAUAUUCUCCCCCAGACAGACUUUCAUCUGCAUAGCCUUCCUCUGGAGCCUGUGCUUCUUCAUCCCAUUUGUUGACCUUUGCAUUAUGUUUGCUUUUGUCUCUAAGAGCUAUUUCACUCACCUCACCUUCUGUUACUAUGAAAUAAUGUUUGUGGGCGAGUGGCACACAGUGAUGAGGGGAUUCUUUUACAUAGCAGAGUUCUUUGCCAUUCUGUGCAUCCUUCUGUUCUGCUACACCUCCGUCAUUAUCGUAGCCCACAGAGCCUCAGGAGAUGACAAGCAGUCUGCCUCUAAGGGCCAACGCACCAUCCUGUUCCACCUGUUCCAGCUCCUCCUGUGCACUCUGGCGGUCAUCUGCCCCUAUGUGGAGUCACAGGGUUAG